AAAACAAGAAUAGUUUGCGGUUGGGAUAGCAGUCAGAUGUGGUGAGGGCAACAGCUCAGUGCUGGUGAAUAUGAUAGUGUUUUUGAUUUAUUUUCACGCAUAGGCAUCACUUUAUCCAAGAGAGGAAGCUUCACAAUGAGGUCGCACAACGAAGCAAAUGCUUGGGAGAAGUUCAGGCUGAUGAUGUGGAAGAAUUUCCUGCUGCAGUGGAGGCACCCGAUCCAGACUGCAGCGGAGCUGCUCGUGCCGGUGGCGUUCAUGGCGGUGGUGUUGCUGAUACGGUGGCAAAUCGAGCCUCGUACCAUCGACGUCUCUCAGUACCCCGCGGGGGAUCCCCUGAACCUGAAUGACAGCGACACGUUUCUAGUGUUGAAUGAAAUGGAUUUGGAAAGGAUGUCAAUCGCAUAUUCUCCAAAAAGUGAAGUUUUGGAGGAUGUAGUUAGAAAGUCCGUGACAAAAUUAUUGUUAGAAAAUGCUGAACAAUUGAUUUCCUUUAUAACAACAAAUCCUGGAGACUGGAACUUACCUGACAUAGACUGGUCGGCUAUUGACUGGGCAGGAACGGGGCUUCCACCACAGGUUUCUGAAUUUUUAGGGUCUCUCGUGACCAUACAAGCUUACAGUAAUAGUGACGAACUCAGAGGUAUUUACGCAGAAGAGGAAGAUAUACGUAGAGUUAUAGCCGCCGUACAGUUCGACGAUGAACUUCUAGGUGCGACAAUAUUACCAAACAAAAUAUCAUACGCUCUAAGAUUUCCUGAACGGCCUCGUUUGAAUUCUUUCUUCUUAAUCGGCUCGAGAGUUUGGAGAACGGAAUCCGUGUUUCCUACUUUUGAGGUAGCAGGGCCCAGGCAACGAAGUUCACCAUCGGGCGGCGAUGAUCCAGGAUAUUUUAUAGAAAUGUUUAUUCAACUGCAGCACGUUAUAUCAACCGAACUGAUUUCUAAGGUGACUGGCCAGGACCUGAGCGGGUUUAGGGUGGGUUUCCAAAGGUUCCCGCACCCCGCAUUCCAUGAGGACUUUGCUAUUGAUAUCAUGCAACUAUUAUUGCCCAUGUUCAUAAUGUUGACAUUCAGUUAUACAGCGAUCAAUACGACCGGCGCUAUUACAGGCGAAAAGGAGAUGCAGCUAAAAGAAACUUUAAAAAUAAUGGGCGUGCCGACAUGGAUUCACUGGUUGUCGUGGUUCCUGAAACAAUUUUUGUUUCUCUUAAUUGCAUCUGUGCUUGUGGUUAUUAUAAUGAAGGUCAAUUGGUUUACGAAUGAAGAAGGUUUCAGUGACUACGCUAUAUUUACGCACACGCAUUGGACCAUUAUCCUAUUUCUUAUGGCGCUUUAUUGUGCUUGCACAAUCUUCUUUUGUUUUAUGAUAAGUGGAUUCUUUUCUAAAGGAAGCACAGCUGCGUUAUUCACUGGCGUGAUUUGGUUCCUGACGUACAUCCCGGCUACCAUGGUGACCGUGGAUGACAACUCAGUUGGAGUCUUGAUGACACUCUCCCUGAGCAUCAACACUGCCAUGGCGUACGGGUUCAAUCUGCUAAUGACUGCUGAGAGUUUAGACGGUUUAUCAUGGGGCGAGUUUAUGACUUCCCAUUCGGACGACAGUCGGUUGUUAUUUGGCCACGUGGUUAUUAUGCUGGUGGUCGACUGCGUUCUCUACAUGUUGGUAGCUCUAUAUCUAGAACAAGUCCUGCCUGGACCCUUCGGCACGCCUAAACCUUGGUAUUUCUUCGUGCAAAAAAACUUCUGGUGCUACAACAAAGUAUCUCAAGGUGAAAUAUCAAUUGGAACACUCGAAGGGUCACGAGUAGUUAUGGAACAAGAUCCCACUACUCUCAAUAUUGGUGUUAAAAUUAAAAACUUGUGUAAGCACUACGGCCUUAAUACCGCAGUAAACAAUUUGUCGUUAAACAUUUACGAAGACCAGAUCACAGUUCUACUGGGUCACAAUGGUGCUGGGAAAUCAACUACUAUAUCUAUGUUAACAGGUAAUAUUCCAAUAAGUAGCGGAUCGAUAGAGCUAGCAGGUUACGACGUGACUCACCAGACUAGCGAAGCGCGAAGACAUCUUGGACUGUGUCCACAACAUGAUGUUCUGUUUGAUGAGCUGACAGUCAGGGAACAUUUAGAAUUCUUUUCGAGUCUGAAAGGUUCUAAAGGAAAAGAGCUAAAAUGGGAAGUAGAUAUGCUGAUUGAGAAAUUAGAACUACAAGAAAAGAGGAACUACAGAGCAAAAGGGUUGUCUGGAGGCCAAAAACGUCGUCUCUGUGUUGGAAUCGCACUAAGUGGAGACGCACGUGUUGUAAUGCUGGACGAGCCCACGUCCGGCAUGGACCCCUCAUCCAGGCGAGCGCUCUGGGACUUGCUGCAGAAAGAGAGGCACGGUCGAUCAAUGAUCCUGACGACACACUUCAUGGACGAGGCAGACAUCCUGGGCGACCGAGUGGCUAUAAUGGCGCACGGUCAGCUGCAGUGCGUGGGCUCGCCUUACUUCCUCAAGCAGCACUACGGUGUCGGUUACACACUUGUCGUGGUCAAAGAUGAAGGCUUUGAUAUGGUAGCAUGCACUGAUAUUCUUAGUAAAUACAUUCCGGCUAUUGCUGUUAAAGAAGAUAGAGGAACUGAACUGACGUACAGUUUACAAUCUGAUUUGUCGCAUAGAUUUGAAGACAUGCUUAACGACUUAGAAAGAAAUGUUCAUGUUAUUAAAUUCAAGAACUACGGCCUUGAUCCAACUACUUUGGAGGAUGUCUUCUUAUCUGUCGGUUCGCUUACGGUAUCCACGGGGUUGGAUUCUGACGCGACUAGCACUGCUACCGAGUUGUCAGAUUUUGGGCGAAGACAAGAACACGAUAUACCCUUUAUCGAACGACUGGAUGGUGCUGACGACAAACUGACAGGAAUCCGCUUACUUUGGCAACACAUGCGCGCGAUCUGGAUAAAACUGUGGCUAGUGAAGAUUCGCUCAUGGGGUCUUCUUCUGUUACAGGUGUUGGUGCCAAUACUGCAGAUCAACUUAUUGCUCGGCAUGGUCGAAAUCGUCACGUCGUCUUCGUCUAAUAUUCAUUCUCGAUGGUUAACGUUGGCUGAAGGGUAUUCAAACACUGAAAGCUUGCUGAGUUUUAACGGCAGUGAGGAGACUUCUCUCGGAGCCUUGGCGAAGGCUGCAUACGAAUACAUGGUCAAUAACUCCGGCAUAGAUACUAUGCAAGUGACUGUUGUAGAUCAACCCGUCGACCAAUAUUAUUUGGAGCGUGCCAGCGACUAUUCAGAAAUGAGCCAUAUGCGUCACAGUGUGCUCACCGGCGCGACCUUCAGCGACGACUCGGUGACGGCCUGGUUCAGCAACUUCGCAUACCACGACUUCCCGACAUCGAUGGCCGCAGUACACAACGCGCUCCUGAAGGCCUACGAUGCGGCUGCUGAAAUCAAUGUCUAUAAUCAUCCGCUGACGGCUACUUACAGAGAUCAGAGUGAAAUACAAUCGAUGGUGUCAUUUAUAGCGAACCAACUUUCAUCGUCAAUCGGAAACAGUUUAGGCGUAGCCAGUGCAGUAUUUGUCAUGUUCUAUAUAAGGGAGAGAACGUCUCGAGCCAAGCUUCUCCAACGUGCGGCCGGCAUCCAGCCAAUCACAAUGUGGGGCGCCGCAGCCUUGUUCGACUGGCUGUGGCUGAUGAUCAUUUCCAUCUCUAUCGUCAUCUCGUGUGCUGCCUUCGGCGUAAUUGGAAUGUCAACUUUCGCCGAACUGGGUCGAAUGUACUUCUGCAUCAUGGUGUAUGGUGCUGCGAUGUUACCUUUGCACUACCUAGCUUCUUACUUAUUCCAACUCCCAGCAGUGGGAUUCGUCGUCAUGUACUUUGCUAGUGUCAUUUUUGGUAUGACGGGCCCGCAGAUAAUCGAGGCGUUGGAAAUGGCAGGAAACACCACGGCGCGCGUAGGAGAAAUUCUGGGAUCUAUUCUGCAGUUCUUCCCAUUAUACAGCCUUGUGGCUGCCAUUAGGUCAUUGAACCACAUCGGGCUGACAGAGCACUCUUGCCUCAUGGCCUGCGACUACUCGCCGUCCUUGGUAAACAUCACAGAGUGCUCCAUGGAGGUCUUGUGUCAGAACGAGUUCACCCAUUGUUGUGUCCGUGAAAACCCAUACUUUGAUUGGGAAGAGCCAGGGAUUCUCCGCUAUUUGGUAGCCAUGAUCAUCUCGUUUUUUGUUUUUUGGGGGAUUCUUCUUACUGCCGAAUACAGACUGAUACAAAAGGUUUUCACAAGGACACGUCAGCCUCCCAUGUUGGACGAGAGCACCCUCGACAGGGACGUGCUGGAGGAGGCUCGCAGCGUGCGCCGCGCUGAUGACAACAGCCAUAACUUGGUGGCCAGGGACAUCUCCAAGUACUACGGGAAACAUCUCGCAGUCAACCAGGUCUCCUUCUCUGUAGGGGAUUCUGAGUGCUUCGGUUUGCUGGGUGUAAAUGGCGCGGGCAAGACAACUACUUUCAAAAUGCUGAUGGGAGACGAGUCCAUGUCUAGUGGUGACGCGUUUGUCAGCGGAAACUCUGUUAAGAAGAACAUUACACAAGUCCAUAAGAAUAUUGGUUACUGCCCACAGUUCGACGCGGUGUUUCCCGAGCUGACGGGCCGAGAGACGCUGCGCGUGUUCGCGCUGUUGCGCGGCCUACACGAGGAGAACAUACCAACCACCACUGAGUUGUUGGCGCACAAGCUUGGUUUCACGCAGCAUCUGGAAAAGAAGGUCCGGGAAUACUCCGGCGGCAACAAGCGCAAGUUGAGUACAGCAGUGGCGCUGUUGGGCCGCACAAAGCUGGUGUUCGUUGACGAGCCCACCACCGGCGUCGACCCCGCCGCCAAGCGUCAGGUAUGGCGAGCGAUCCAAGGAGCGCAGCGCGCGGGGCGCGGCGUGGUGCUGACGUCACACAGCAUGGAGGAGUGCGAGGCGCUGUGCACCAGGCUCACCAUCAUGGUCAACGGGCAGUUUCGGUGCAUCGGCUCGCCGCAGCAUCUCAAGAACAAGUUCUCUGAAGGAUUUACUUUGACUAUCAAAAUCAAAACAAAUGAAGCGUCAAGUCCCGAAGCAACUAAAAGAGCGACUGAAGCACUCAAAAACUACGUUAACAAUAACUUUGAUAGCCCUAAAUUAAUGGAGGAAUACCAAGGUCUGCUGACGUACUACCUGCCGGACCGCAGCAUCGCGUGGUCGCGGCUGUUCGGGAUCAUGGAGCGCGCCAAGCGCGAUCAGGCCGUCGAGGACUACAGCAUCUCGCAGACCACGCUCGAGCAAAUAUUCCUACAGUUCACCAAGUACAGUCAACAACGUUAAAUCUGUAUAUUGAAUGCCUCCUCUGAGACUUUAGUUGUAUUUGCAUUGAUUUUAAACCACCCGGUGGUUUUGCCGCCGAUGUGGCAUGCUAAAUCAAGGCGGUACUAAAUGGACCACAUUGGCGCUAUUUUAUAAAUAAAAUACAACAUUUAAAUAUUGGCAUGUAGUAUAGAGUCUAAAGAUCUGAACGCUUUUUAUAGAUUUGCCACUGGAAUUUUUUUUUUCAAUUCAUCGUCAUUCUAAUACCACUCUCAUAAUAUAUUGUUAUUAACCAUAUAGGCACAAGCCACCUUUUAGUUAUCUUUAGUACAGGUACUGUCUGAUAAGGCUGGUGGGAUUUGACUAUUUGGUUAAAUCAUUUAUCUCAAGCUUCAUAAUGUUUAUAAAUCAUGCGAACGUCUCAAGACUAGUUUACCUUCCCUACAGCUCCUUAAAGAAGAGUGUACGAAGAGGGUUAUUUCAGUUAGUAGUUCAUCAAGGUUCUAACAAAUUAAGACUGGGUUGAUUGUGAUAUAGUUCCAUCCAAAAGUUGUUCCAAGUUUAUAGGAAAUAAUAAUCCAGUAGCUUUUUAUUUAAUCAUCACAGUAUUUUGCAAUUCCCGUCUUUUUUUUUGGCCGACGACAACGUGUACGUUACUCCAGCUAGAAAGUAGCUCCUAGAGAAUAGGCACAAACUUUCUAUGCCGAGCACAUACAUAGCUGAUUAGACACUAAUUAUACGUUCCACUCAAAUUUCUCUAGGAGCUACUUUCUAGCUGGGGUAACGUAAACGACGAUAGCAGCCAAAGGAAAGAAAAUUGGAACUUGGCACAAAAUCGUGUAAGCGUUCUAUAUCGUAGGUAUUGACAAAUAGUAUUAACUUAGUCUAAGUUAUUUUAAUUAUUACUCUUUUUGAUUAAGACUCUUUUUAUUAAUUAAUUAAUAAUUUCUUUAAUUUUAGUGUUUGAAUAUUGCAUGAAACUAUCCCAUCCUUCCCGUCGCAUGCCCCUCUAUGAAUGUAGUAGGGCGACUAUUUAAUAUUUCUAGAACUUUGGUACGUAUUAAUGCCACUUAUGUUUAUCAUUAAACAAAUACAUAUUUUGUCCUUUUUAUAUUACAUACACGAAAAAUAAAA